UAUUGACGCGUUGGCUGUCGAGCACGGUCGCACUGCAAUUUUCGUGGUCUAUUUUUUCUCAAACAUAUGUGUAUGUAAAUACUAAAAAUAAUUACCAAAUAAAAUACGCGAAACACAGUAAAUUUGGCGCUCAAUAUAAUUCAAAGAUAACACCAAAUAAAUAAUUAAAAGUUCAACUUAAAAAAAAAUAAUAAUGUUGUCAGUCGGUCCACAAGACAUAGCACCCAAGCAAACCAUGGCUCCCAACAAAGUGCGCAGACUGUACCAUCAGAAAUAUCGUGAAGAUUGGGAACGAUUUCCAUCGUUCGCACCAUGGCUUUGUCGGGGAGACGACGGUUAUUCGGCCCACUGUAAAAUAUGCGAUGCGAAUGUUUUAGCGCGUCUCGCAUCCAUUAAACAACACAACAAUGCCGUGAAGCAUCAGAAGGCAAUGAAAUCCUACAUACCAGGGGUUCCCACCAUGAGACAGCAAAUUAUGGCCAGAGUCGAGGCCAAACCAAUUCCGCCAAAAUUUUUUGCAGCAAAGCAGAAACCAAAGGUGAAACGCAUCAAGGUCGAAAAGAUUGAUCCCCCGGAGCCGCCAAUCGAGCAGGAUGCGUGCUCCAACGAUUCCAUACUAGAAGAUUUGUUGGGGAACGAGGAGGGCUUCGAGCAGGAGUACGAGAUAACUGAAGAGGUGAUUGAGCACGAGCACGAACACGAACAAAACAUAAAACAAGAGAUGUUGAUGCCGGAAUACAAAAUGGACGAGACGAAUGAUGAAAUUAUAAUGGAUGACAACAUCAUCAGCGAAUUUGAUCUGUUUGGCAACAGUGUUUCAUUGCAACUCAAUCACAUGGAUUUGGAAGAUGCGCUGCUCUGCCAGGAACGUUUACAAGUGGUAUUAACAGAAUUUCGUCUCAAGAUUCUGAAGCGUAAAGCAAAACUCAGUUUUUAAUUAGAAUGCUAAUCGGUUAUUUCUCUUAUUACUAAUAAUGUUCACAAAUAUAACUAACUUUUGCGGCUCAUUCUGCCUCAAUUUCAUCAAUAAAUGCGCGACAUUUCUUCUUCAA